AAACAUUCGUAGUUAAGAAUUCUAACGUGAAAUAUCACGACGCGCCGCCGUGCGAUUAGUUAAUAUUUUAAUCAUCUUUAGAACAAAUCAGGAAAUCCUGGAACGCUACGAUGAAAAACGUGACGCUUAUAAUAAUUGUUAUCACAUCGUACGUCAAUAAUUUGGCAAUCGGGCAGCGAACACAAUUUUACACCGAUUUCAAAAGUGGUCACAAACAGAAUGAGAUUGAUUACUCAUUCCGCUAUUACAUCGAUGCACCGAGCUCUGGCGUCGUCAUGGAUCACUGGGAAGAUCGCAAGGGAGAUUCUGUGCAAGGCAGAUACAGUCUCGUUGAACCAGAAGGAAGUGUUCGCACGGUGUACUACACUGUCGACAAGGGAAGUGGCUUCAAAGCUGCCAUCAAGUUACGAAUGCCAGGAAGCACACAAUUUCAAAGUUUCGGUCGACUUAAUUCCGAGCUAUCGUCACCAUCGCCACCCGUGAAGCCAUACCGACAUGCGGAACCAAUUGCAUUUGUGCUAAGCCGAAAAUGAGGCAACCGAAAAAAAAUUGUAUCAUCGUUGGAGAGGACAAAAAUCGCGCGCUCAAGGUGACAUUCUUGAACUUUAUUCCGAACAUUACGCAAAAAGAAUUAAAAUAAAAAUAAUCAACGUUAAUUAU